AUGGGGGAAAAAUUGAACAGUCUUCAUGAUCAUAGGGAGCAACAUCAAUCUGGACCUUCUCAUUCUGAAGAACUUAAAGUGCAGGAGGAUCGUCACACUCAUCGCAAGUACUUGUUUGGAAGCCAAAACCAAGACAUCGAGUUGGGGAAGCUUCAUAAGAUUGCAAUUGGAACAACAAAAGGAAUUGCUUAUUUACAUGAGGAAUGUCAACAAAGGAUAAUUCAUUAUGAUAUUAAAUCUGAGAAUGUUCUUCUUGAUUUGAACUUGGGACUGAAGGUAACAGAUUUUGGCCUGGCAAAGCUUUGUAGCAGAAGAAGUAAUGUUUCGUCAAUACACAGAGAAACAGUGGGAUACGGUGCUCCUAAAAUGUGGAAGCCUUAUCCGGUGACUCACAAGUGUGAUGUUUAUAGUUUUGGUAUUCUUCUCUUUGAAAUUGUAGGGAGGAGAAGGCAUUGUGAUGACAACUGCAAUGAAUCGCAACAAUGGUUUCCAAAAUGGACUUGGGAUAUGUUUGAGAAUAAUGAAUUGUCUGUAAUGCUUUCACUUUGUGGAAUUGAAGAGAAAGACAAGGAGAAAGCCGAAAGAAUGUCAAAGGUGGCUCUAUGUUGUGUUCAGUAUUCACCAAAUGAUAGACCUCUUAUGAGUAUUGUGGUGAAGAUGUUAGAGGGUGAAAUUGAAAUUUCUCCACCUCCAUUUCCCUUCCAAAACCUGGAGUCUAGGAAGCCAAACUUUCCAGAUUCAGAUACUACAUCAUUGCAGACAAAAUCUUCUGGAGAAUACAAGCAAAAUACAUUUCAGAUUGAAAAAUCUACUUAAUUGUAUCAUAACAGUAUAAAGAUUGUAGUAAAAUAGAAAUUCAUCCUAUUUUAUGCAUUUAAUACAAAAAAAGUGUUGUUUUGAGCUC